AUGGCUGGCCUACAACACCCAUUUCAGUGCCUGCAAUAUGCUAAGCGCAACUCGCAGGGCGUUUUCAAUCUGCUGAUUGCCGCUGCGGGCUGUCAUCUCUACUCCUAUGAUGCCACCAAUGGCCAGCGCCUGGAUGUCUGGCCUCAAGAUGUAGAGUCGACUGUGGAAUCUGCUUCUGAUGCAGUGGCCACUGCGGACGGCGAUGCACCCCCUGAAAAAAGAAGAAAAUUGUCUCCCGCUUCUAGUGAUCAGCAGGAGAAGCAGGUCGCAAGCAAUAAGUCUUCGGCCGGGACUACCAUACCCCUCCUGGUGAUCUCUCCCGACGGGAAAUAUGCAAUUGCCACGACUGGUGAGGGCAAGACAAUCCGCGUCUUUGAACUGAGUGAUAAUGGAAAGUUCAAAGAAUUGAGCUCCCGAACGAUGCCCAAGCGACCAAGUGCUUUGGCCUUGACUCCUGACGGCCAAACUAUCCUUUGUGGUGACAAGUUCGGCGAUGUCUACUCGCUGCCAUUGAUUCCUGGCGAGUAUGUGAGGAAGAUCGUGGAGCAGCCAAACAUCCCGGCUGCCACUCCGCUUACUGUCCACACCAAGGGUAAUUUGCGAACCCUAGAGAUGCAGAGACUUCAGGCCGAAAAGAAAGCUCAGACUGCAAAGCAAGAAACGGCCACGCUCAAUUUUGAACACCACGCAAUUAUUGGUCAUGUUUCUGUGCUGGCUGACCUGAUCUCUGUAUCUGUAUCUGGACGGAACUAUAUCUUAACCGGAGAUCGUGAUGAGCAUAUUCGUGUGUCUCGUGGUAUUCCACAGGCACAUGUGAUUGAGCAAUUCUGCCUGGGCCACACUUCUCUCGUUAGCAAGCUCUGUGUUCCUUCCUGGGCGCCUGAACUUCUUGUUUCCGGCGACACUGACGGUAAUCUAUUACUGUGGGACUGGCGAAAUGCACAGAUCCAUCGGAAUAUUUCUCUUGAGGAAGUUUUGCAAUCGGAGGUUAUGGUGCGCGGGAUUUGGGACAUCUCCCUUGAGCAAGCUGCUUCGAGUCCCGUCAACGUUAUCUUGGUCAGCUUGGAAGGGUCUUCCCAGAUUCUUUGCUACACAAUCGAGAACAAUGCCCUCCGCGCUCAAGAUACCAUCCAGCUUUCUGGAAAUGUGCUUGGUCUGGUUGGAAUCGAUCAGGGUUAUAUUGUUGUCUCUGUUGACACUGUCCGAGAGCCUGGCUCGACCGAGACCUGGAAGUCGAGUUCUGGGGCACUUCUUGAGUCCUUCCAGAUUAACCUCGGUCCAGACGGCCCGAAGUGUGUUUCGGUUGAAGACCCAAUGGUGGCCACUAUCAACGCAGCCGGAACUCGUGAUCUUCCAACUGCUUUGAGCGAGAAGCAGCAAAAGGAGCUUAAUGAUUCUCUGUACAACUUGGGGAACAUGAAGAAGAGAUCCAAUGACGACUGA